CAGCACCCCAACACGAAUAUCUGUACAUCAUGGCCUCGCGCGCCCGUACUUCAUCGUUCUCGACGCAACGCAUUGCGACUGCGUACAAUGGACGCGGCAAGAAGUCCACAACUUGUGUGAAUGCCACCCCGACCACAAAGCAAAUGGCUGUGAUAAACUGGGAGAAUGUGCUCAUUCCGAUGGACUGGCUGUCCGUCUAUCUGGGUCUUGGCACCUCACACGCAGCGGUCAAGACAGCCGUCGUUCGGUGUCAGAGCUCGCCAGAGUUGAUACAGUCGCUAGCGGCGAUCGAAACCCGGAUCAUGGAGCUGCUGACGGAAUCCAUGCGACUCGUGGGUGGGCCUGUGUUCAUCGUCAGCGAGUACCCUACAAUUUACGUAGAGCUAGUGUGUAGCCUCUUCUUCCCGCGGCUCACGGCGGCUUUACGCAAUGCUACGAGUGGCAUCUACGUCGUUGGCACACCCGACACGCAGCUGAGCACCCAGGAGAUGAAACAAUGGAAGGUCAACUUGCUGCACACCGCGAUUCAUGAGCAUUUGUUUACCGGAAUGAGUGGUGAAGCUACCUUAAACUUGCUUGCGCGCUCUGUGACUGGAAGAAUCAAGGUGGUGGCCCUCUGCUCCAGCGAUGCCGACGUAGUGGCAAUUUCGGCAAUCCACUUGAUGGCGCCGAAUGCUGUCGUUAAACACAUUAAAACGCAAGGUGUGAGACCUGCGUUUUCCCGCUCGCCUCAAACGCCAGUGUCACUGGAUGAUUUUUAUGCUCAGCUGCAGAGGCUUAUGCAGUUCGUCAGACAAAGUGCGAGUUAAUCUACGCGCUCAGGGUGCAACAUUAAGUAGGUUAUCGUCAACAACUCACUACAACUAUUCUCGUUUGCUAAUACACUGUUACAGAGUGCUUUUAUUUCCCGGU